UUGCAGAAUUUGAAAGCCAGAAGGUGGCUCCAAUAGAAAAAUGGGGCCCAAAACGGGAGGAGUCUCAGACGGUCAGGCACCCAAGCUGUCCUCCAUGGCCACCUUCUAGCGUUCUCACAGCACAGCACAGCACAGCACCACACACACACACACACACACACACACACACACACACACACAGAGCACUGCCGAAAGAGCACAGAUCCCCAAAUAUCCUUUUUCACUCUUUCUCAAUUAUUGAUAAUUUGACAUUCAUAUCCAUAAAAAUACUCAAAAAUAAAUAAAAACAAAAGAAAUCGAAGAAAAAAUAAACUGUAAGGUGUCGGUGGCUGAGAGAGAAGAAUCAUAAUUGAGAAGUGAGAACUCACUUGCAGUUGUAGCGAAUAGUAUCCAAUCCAAUGCCCUCCGGCAUACCCAUUUCUUGCUGUUUCCUUCUCUGCUUGUUUACUGGGGCUUUAGGGGGAGACCCGUUUGUAUUCUAUGAUUGGACUGUCUCAUACAUCACAGCCUCUCCCCUUGGAGUUAAACAGCAGGUGAUUGGAAUUGAAGGGCAGUUUCCGGGACCCAUUCUUAACGUUACUACAAAUUGGAAUGUUGUUGUCAAUGUCAAAAAUAAUCUUGACGAACCAUUGCUUCUCACAUGGAAUGGCAUACAGCAUAGGAAGAACUCGUGGCAGGAUGGUGUCUCAGGAACAAACUGUCCUAUCCCUGCUGGUUGGAAUUGGACAUAUCAGUUUCAGGUUAAAGAUCAAAUAGGGAGUUUCUUUUACUUUCCCUCCCUAAGCCUCCAGAGAGCUGCAGGCGGAUAUGGGGGAAUCAUCAUAAAUAACAGAGACGUCAUACCAGUACCAUUUGGAACACCAGAUGGAGAUAUCACGAUCUUUAUUAGUGAUUGGUACACAAAGAGCCAUAAGGAACUUAGGAAAGAUAUUGAAAGUGGAGUUGACCUUGGAGCUCCUGACGGUGUCCUCUUGAAUGGAAUAGGUCCUUAUCGCUAUGAUGAGACACUUGUUCCUGAUGGUAUUGCUUACCCAACGAUAAAUGUUGAACCAGGAAAAACAUACCGCCUCCGUGUACACAAUGUUGGCAUCUCUACUAGCUUGAAUUUUAGAAUCCAAAAUCAUAACUUGCUUCUUGUUGAAACUGAAGGAUCAUACACAGUUCAGCAGAACUACACAAACAUGGAUAUUCAUGUUGGUCAGUCAUACUCAUUCUUGGUGACAAUGGAUCAAAGUGCUAGCAGUGAUUAUUACAUCGUUGCCAGUUCACGAUUUGUCAAUUCAUCUGCCUGGGCUAGAGCUACAGGAGUUGCUAUCUUGCACUACUCCAAUUCUCAGGGGCCUGCUUUAGGUCCUCUUCCAGAUCCCCCUGACGGAUCUGACACAUAUUUCUCAAUGAAUCAAGCAAGAUCCAUAAGAUGGAACGUUUCUGCUGGCGCUGCUCGUCCAAACCCACAGGGAUCUUUCAGAUAUGGUGACAUUACCGUGACCGAAGUAUAUGUGAUUCUCAAUAGGCCUGCAGAGCUUAUUGAUGGAAAAUGGCGUACUACCCUUAAUGGUAUUUCAUACUUCACACCUUCAACACCCCUGAAGCUUGCCCAGCAGUUUAACAUUCCAGGGGUUUACAAGCUUGAUUUCCCAAAUAGACUGAUGAACGAGCGAGCAAAAGUUGACACAUCUAUAAUUAAUGGUACUUACAGAGGUUUUAUGGAAAUCAUAUUUCAAAACAAUGAUACGACUGUUCAGAGCUACCACAUGGAUGGCUAUGCAUUCUUUGUUGUGGGCAUGGACGUUGGUGUAUGGACCGAGAACAGCAGAGGCACUUACAACAAAUGGGAUGGGGUUGCUCGUUGCACUACUCAGGUGUUUCCUGGAUCUUGGACAGCAAUUUUAGUUUCUCUUGACAAUGCUGGGAUUUGGAACCUCCGUGCACAGAACCUCAACUCGUGGUACUUGGGUCAAGAAGCUUAUGUGAGUGUGGUAAAUCCAGAGAUCAGAGAGAAAACUGAGCUUCCUUUGCCUGAUAAUGCCAUCUAUUGCGGUGUACUGUCCUCCUUACAGAAGGAUCAGGCUCAGAGAGUCAGGUUUUCUGAUGCACCGUCUGUUGUUUACGCAAGUAGAACAGUUUUGGCUGCAUUUAUCAUAGCUUUCUUUGGAACUUUCAUCAGGUAACCACUUCACAACCAAACAUGAGCAAGCACUGUAAUUCAAAUCACUAAAGGAAUGCGCUUGUGACGUAGUUCGAAGCAAAAAUAGCAGAAAUUCGAAGAUAUGGGCUCUAUUCGUCUCCAUGGAAAUUGUAUCGAUGUUAAAUCAAUAUGUAUCAUCUUGUUUUAUUAUGUAUCAAUAUGUAAUCUCAUUGUUGCAUGCCAUGACUAUGAAGUAUACUUGUAUGACAGAAGUCAUUGGAAUGGAAAAUGUUUGAGCUAAAAGCUAAUAAAUAGAGGCCUUAAAUCUCAUCA